AUGGCAGGGUCGAACAUGGAUAUUGUGGCUGAUUCAUGCAAAAGCUUAGUGGAUCAGUUCCUGCAGGAAAGGGAGCCAACUGCUCUGGCAGAGGGCAGAAUUGUGGCUGUAAUAGAUCCACACAACAACUUGAUGAAUCAGUUCCUGAAUGAACAGGAACCAACUGCUCCCCCAGUGGAUGGUAUGAAUGUGGAUCUACUCAAGCAAUUGCUGAAUGCAUGGGAACCAUCAGCACUGCCAGUCACACACAAGAAAUUAAACAGGAUGGACAAGUCUUCAACACCUGCACAAGACAUUACUAUGCAGGUCGAUUUUCUGGCAGACUUGCAGAAUGUGUGGGAACUAUCUCCUCUGCCCAUCACCUGUGAAUCAUCAAAUCUGAGGGACCGAUCUCCUCGACCUGAUUCUCUGACUAACCUGCUUGCUCAAUUGCAGGAUAUGAGGGAACCAAUGCCUCCCCCACUCAUUUCAAAUGUGAACUUCCAUCCACACAGCAAUCUCUUCAAAUGGAACAAUGGGGAUUGGCACCUGUUCCAUGAUGCGAUCAAGUCCUGCAUGCCUUACAUGCUGCAGUAUCUUGCUAUUGCAGAAACACCACUCCCAGCGACACACCAUUCGAUCCCACCCUUGAUAGGCACCUUGUGUGGGCUGCAAAUGCCAUUGCAAGAGAAUUGGGCACAGCUGCAAGGGACCAGUAUGCCAUUCAUUGCCAGCCAAUCACACCCAUCUCGCCAGUCUGUGGUAGAGAUGGGUAUCCUCUACUUGGCAUGCCAGAUCGAGGUGGCCUCUGUACAUCUGAAGCAGACUGCCAAUAUCAUGGGAUGGCCUGCACAUUGGUCCACAAACCUAGCAAUGGACUUGAAUCAGCUUAAUAGCUUGAUUCUGGUGAUGGUGUUGCAUGCCAGUUAUACUCCUCCCCUCCUGGCAUGCUACCAUGCAUACCUCAGACACCAAGAUGAUGAGGAUAGCUUCUGCAAUCAAAUGCAGCUAAUUCCCCUUAGUGCAUUUAGCAUAAUCAACAAUAUCAGCACCAUCAUCCCACAUUGGACCCCACACACAGCUGAUCCCAAUUCCAGCUUUGCAUUCCCUUGGUGGCUAUAUCAUUCUGAGGAAUAUGCAGCAGAUUCCCAAAGAUUGCAAUGCAAGGGAUUGUUUUCCGUGGCCUGGGAUUUUUUUAAGUUGAUGAUGGCCCAGGGCUUAUGGCCAUUGCCUGAGGCACCAAUCACAGACUGUCUCGAUGGCCAUAUCAAGGAGCAGAAAUAUGCCAAUGUUGUCAAUGGUUGGGGUUGA